AGGCGGGGGGAGGGGCAAGAGGAGGAGAUUGGGGCAAAGAGGAUAGAACGGGACGUGUCGCCUUGUGACGACGCUGGUUUCGGUCGGGCCUUGGGGCCUUGUCUGCAAUGCGGCCGCGGCCCCGUCCCGCGGCCUUUCUCGUGCACAGCACGAGGCACGAGGCACGAGGCCCAAUCAGCCGUUGUGCUCCGGCAGCGCUCGCUUGCGAGCACGCACAAUCGCGGGAUCCAACUUCGCGCGCGGUCGAUCGAUCAGCAUUAUCGCCGCUCGCCAGACGUUGUUUGUUGGUGCAGCAUCUCUCUAUCGUUGCGUCCGCUGCCGCUGCUCUUCCUCUCGCUGGAGUAGUGCAGCGCAGCGCAGCUCAGGCAGGCAGGUCAGAGAUCUGCUGCCAUGGCAAGCCUCGGAGCUCUCGCUAGAGCCCCCUCCUGCCCAUGUCUCGCAGCUCCUCAGAGGAGUGACGCUGCAGCAUGCGCAGCCUCUGCCGGUGGGGUACGAGUGUGCGCAAUUCCGGUCCUCUCUCGUUGUGGAGCUGGCGCGUCGGCCAGAAGACAGCACUCGAGCUGGAAGAAGAAUUCAGCUGCUCCCACAGGCCUGGGUUUAUGGACUGGAUAUUCAUCCUCUUUUUUAUCAAGCAGGUCACUGCGAACGAAAAAUAGGAGAAUUAUCAGGGGGCAGGCUGACGUUGAAGUAGAACAAAUUGGUGAAGCUGUCAGGAGAACAAGGUUAAAUUCCAUCGACCGGUUGGAGGAGUCAAUGCUGCGCGGUAGCAAGCUUUCGCUGUCACAUGUUGAUAAUAAGUCUGACAUUGUUGUACGAGAUAGCUUUAGCGGGGAUAAUUAUCGCCCCUGGAUUAGGAGAGGAAGGGAGUCUAUGUUAGACUUAUUUCAACAAUUAGUGGCCACAUUGACAGAUGGAGACAGAUUAUCCACUAUAGUGAAAUUUGCCGUGAUCGCCUCGAUAUUUGGACUGCAAGCAUGUUCUCCGGCCUGGGCAACUACCGAAAUCGCUAAAGCGAGCGCGGAUUCGAGUUUUUUCGGUGACCUCGAUGACAUUCAAAAUGGAUUUGCAUCGUCAUUUUUGUUGAUAUUCUUUUCGGAGAUUGGAGAUAAGACUUUCUUCAUUGCUGCACUCCUGGCAACGCGUAAACCCGGUGCAGCCGUCUUCUCUGGAACGUUUGGGGCGCUGGCGGUUAUGACAGUAAUUUCUGUAGUACUUGGACGUGCUUUUCACUACGUCGAUGAACUCCUUCCCAGUCUUGGAGAAACAAGGAUUCCAUGGGACGAUCUUGCUGCUGUUGUACUCCUGGUUUACUUUGGUGUAUCAACCUUAAUUGAAGCAGCCUCCAUGGAAGAGUCAAAACAAGAGGGAGAACAACAAGAGGCGGAAUUGGCCAUUGCAGGCGUAGGCGCAAAUGGAGCAGUGGCUGGCACUGUGGCUGCAACAUUUGCCCUUGUGUUCGUUGCUGAGUGGGGUGACAAGUCGUUCUUUUCCACUAUAGCGUUGGCUGCCGCAUCUUCUCCUCUCGGAGUCGUGACUGGUGCUAUCGGAGGCCACGGUGCUGCAACUCUGUUGGCUGUACUUGGAGGCUCAUUUCUUGGAAAUUAUAUCUCAGAAAAGGUCAUUGCCUACGUCGGAGGAGCUCUUUUCCUAGUUUUUGCGGGGAUUACUCUAGUGGAGAGCCUCAAUUAGGACAUUCGUAGACCAGCCAAUCGGAAAAAUCAUCCAGGGGCUACAAAAUGUAACCCAUUGUAAUCUAGUUGUAGUCUAUAGUGUACUUCAUUCAAAUCACAUCAAUUCAGUUCCAAUGCUUCGCUCCUUUCCGAUUUAUUGCCGGUGCUGCUUCUCGUCUCUUCUUUCUUGUUGCACCUUUCCUGUCUUGUGUUUAU